CUAAAUCAAUGGUCCCAUGUGCUAUUUGUAGAGAUAUUUUAUGUUUUCGGAAAGAUACGAUUACAAAUAUUAUUCUACAGGGUGGCCUACUAGAUUGCUGAUGACACUAGGUUAAGUGUUAAGUGUUACAAAUCAUCCGGACCCCGCUCAAAAUUCACGUUCAUUCCGUACCAAAACAAAAAAAUAAAAUGAAUUUCCUCAAGAACAAAAGAGGUGCCAGGAGAAACUCCACAAGUGUUAUGGCAAGCACUGAAAAAUGGAGAACCUACAGCCGGAGGAUGUCACGUCGAGGUCAGGAUAUAUUCGAUGAAGAAUUGGAUGAAUAUGAACCGAAAUAUAAAGAUGUUAAAAACUGGGUCGAGGAACUAUUCGAGAGAAAGAGCGAUGCUGACAAAGUUGACCAAGACAUUGAAGUACAACUGACUAAGAAGCAGACUCUUAUCCUAUCGACUUUGGUUCCUGAUGAAAUUCUUUUAAUAGACAAAUUCGAUUCAACAGAUACGAAAAGGUUUGUUGGCGUUCUCCUCAUGGCCGAUGUUUCAGGCUAUACAGCUCUGUCGGAAAGAUAUAAUAACACUGGCAAGGGCGGCACCUAUAGACUAACUGUAACCCUAAACACGUACCUCGGCGCACUCAUCGAGCUCAUCUAUGGACACGGUGGUGACAUCAUAAAGUUCGCCGGAGACGCUUUCUUAGCACUUUGGAAAACUGAUAAACGUUCAUUUUUAUGUCACACCAUUCACACAGUUAUAGCUUGUGCUCUAAUUAUACAACAUUCCUAUGCAGUAUAUGAAACUGAUGUUAAAGUUAAUUUAAAAGUAAAACUUGCCAUAUCUGCUGGCAAUCUUAUAUUUGCGCCUGUAGGAACUGGAAUAGACAUGAGCUACAUUAUUUUUGGCUUACCCGUAAUCGAAGCUAAAGCUGCCGAAAGUCUCUGUGCUUCGGGGGAAGUAAAAUUGACCCCCACCGCAUGGGGACAUUGCUACUCCAGAAAUUAUGAUCACAUUAUUCAUGACAACGGAUAUGUAACAAUAAAGUCUAUUCUUUAUGAUCCUCAUGAAAGCAACGUCACAAAACCAUUCGCUGGCUUUGGAAAUUUGGUCAGGCAAAACAAAAAGCCGUUCAGUGCAAUAGAGAGUCUGCCUGAUUUCAUAUUAGACUCAUCGAAAAGUUCUAACGUUGCCGAUGCUUUAAGGAAAAGCGAAGCACUUAACUUACGUAAAGCAAUUUUGGUCGCUGAAGAAAAAAAUAUAGGAUCUGAAAUUCGCAGAUUUAUGAUCAGACCAGUUCUGACUCAAGUUGAUGCACAUCAACCACUGGAAUACCUGACUGAAAUGCGUCAAGUUUCAAUUUUAUUUGUGACUCUUAAGCCAAGAGAAUGUUCAUUUACCCAAUUAAUAACAAUUGUUAACAAUUCUUAUCAAAUAACCUGUGAAAUAGUAUACAAAUCAAUGGGGUGCGUUAAUAAAAUAAUUCUUUUUGAUAAAGACGUCAUGAUUUUGGUCGUUUUCGGAUUACGGGGCUUCAAACACGAAUCUGAAGCUCAGGCCGCAUUGAAAUGUGCCUACAGUAUAAAAAAAUCCGUAUCUGCACUGGAUGGAGUUUUAGAAGUAUCAAUUGGUGUGACGACUGGUCAAGUAUAUUGUGGCGUGGUAGGUCAUCCUCUUCGCAGAGAAUUUACAGUAAUUGGUGCUAUUGUCAACAAGGCAGCACGGCUUAUGUGUGGAUUCCGAAAUAAAAUCACUUGUGAUGAAACAACUUUUGUCAAAAGUAAAAUGUCCAAAAACGGGUUUACACUUCAACCUACUAUUGAAUUAAAAGGUAUUGUCAAACCUGGAAAAAUAUAUGAAUACUCGGAAGAUAUUAGAGUUAAAGAGAUGUACGAUAUACCAAUGAUUCCCCCACUUCUUAAUCGUGGUGAUGAAAUUGAAUAUUUUGACAGCUGGCUGGAAGAUAGUAAGUCAACUUAUAGAAGUUUUGAUGCUCUCCUAAUGGUAGGUGAAUCACGAAUCGGAAAAAGUAGAUUGCUAGAAUGGAUGGCGCGCCGUGCCAAAAAUAAUGGAUUUCGUGUAUGUUCGUUAACCUUAACUUCCAUACAUUCUGCAACUGCCUAUUUAGCUUUGAGCCAGAUUAUUAAUCAAAUACUUGAGCUUGAAGAACCUCUAGAGGCCUUUGCAAAAGAAGAAAAAAUAGUGCAAUUAUUAAAAAUCUACUCUGAUGACCUAUGCUUUUUGAAUAAUGUAAUUAAAGUACGUUUCGCUUAUUACGAAGGAGCUCAUUCAUUAGAUGAAGCUAAGCGAAAAGAAAAGGCUAAAUUCAUGUUUCAGAAAUUAAUUAAUGCGAUACCAGAAACGAUUGUCAUAUUUUUAGACGAUUUACAAAAUUUGGAUUCAUUUUCCUGGGAAUACAUAUCAUUGAUGUUCAGCUCAAUGAAAAUAUUUCUGGUCAUAUCCGUAUCACGUGGAAAAUUUAGUGCUGUACACAAUUGGCUCUAUAGUGUAUUUAUAAAUAAUAGUGUUAGGAAAAUAUGUUUAGGACCUUUGGAACCAGAAUGGAUCCCUGCUUUAGCUUGCCAAAUAUUAGACGUAGACGCUGUCUCGAAUGACUUAUGUGUUGCCUUACGAAAUAAAUGUAAAGGUAUGCCGGGACUUGUUGAGAGCUUCAUCAUUCAUUUAUUUUCUACCGGAGCAAUUGAAAUCAAUAGGAUACAAGAUACUGAACUAAGUGACUGGGAAUCAGCAGACUUACAAUUUCCAGAUCCCGCUCUUCUACACCCACAGGCAUUGGAUGGUAAAAAUCAAGAUGACCUUGACAGACUCAUACAAAAUGAUGCCAAAGAAGACAUAGGCAUAUGUAUAGUUACUGACGAACAAGAACUGAAUACAAAUAUAAAUGCCCACAAUUUAGAUGCAUUAAUUAUGAUACAAAUUGAUUCAUUGACGCCUUAUCAACAACUGCUUUUAAAAAUUGCAUCAGUAAUAGGUAACUUCAUACCGAGGGAUCUCUUAGAAAAUAUCAUGUAUGAAAAUAAUGAUAUAGUUACAGCGAAAGCAAUCAAAAGACUUUUUUCUUUACGAAUCCUAUCGUGUGCAAACGCGGACUCUAUGUAUAAAUAUGGUCGCAGAGGCACUUCUACUUCAUCUAUAUUUCCCAGCAACUCAUCCUAUAAUCCCAAUCUUGUUUGUGAAUGUAGUUUCGAAUACGACUCAGAAAACGUUCACGAUCUACCUAAGUAUGCAUUUUGUAAAUUAAUGCGAUUCAGAAGCAAAAACUCGAGAAAAACAUGUUACGAACUGUUACCAAUUAAUCAAAAAAAGGAAUUUCACACACGGAUUGUCAAUUACUUAGAAAAUAAUAAACAAAAGUGCACAGACUGUGGUGGGACGGUUAUGGUAGUUCAAUCAUUAUUAAGUUUACAUGGAGAAGAACCAGUAAUUAGUCCCUCAAGUGAUUCAUCAGUUACUACCAUAAGCAGAGACAAAAGUUCAGAUGAAGAGUCGCAAGAAGAUGAAGAAGUUACUUCUAAACAACAGAGCUCUAUUAAUUUAUAUCAAGCUAAAUCGGAAACAAAUGUUGUAAAAGAAUCGUUACUAACAAUCAAAUCACCUAGUGAAAUAAAGCUACCUAGCAUUUCAAAAGAAAGUACACAAUUUGAUAUGAGGCAAUCUCAAGUAACACCUAUUUUGAAAGCAAGAGGCAGUAUGGAUAUAACAAGCACGGCUCAAAGCAACCAAAAAUCAAUUAAAAAAGUUACUAUGACACACGUUUUUAAUAACGAAACUAGUUCUGAAGACGUUAUAAAAUUUAAGAUUUUCGAUAUGCUUCGUGAGGUCACCGAAGCCGAUACUCCUAGUGACUGGCAGAACCUGGGUAUUGUUGAUAGUCAAGAAGUUUUCGAAGAAAUUAAAAAUGACAAAUCGAAAAAAACUUUUAGCGUCAAUAUUGAAAAAGGUGUAUCAGCAACAAAUUUUGCCAGAUGUACCUGUGCGGAGUUAAAUAUAACUAUUAGUGAACAAGUUGUCCACCACGCACAACGUGCGGAUUUAAAGUCAAAAGCUAUCGAAUUCCUGAUUAAGUACUCUUAUUUGUGCAUCCUGAGCAAUAAUGUUGAAAAUGUAUUUGCCAAGCUCGAUGAAGCCGAAGGGAUGUGUUACUCAGUUAGCCACUUAGAUAGUUUCGAAAAAAAGCGAUAUUUAGGAAAAAUUUAUUCACUAAGAGCUUCCGCGUGCCUCGUAAUGGGAAAUCUAUCUGCAGCUAAAAUUGAAACGGAUCAUGCAACACAACUUUAUAACAUCAAUUUACAUAAGGUCCCGGAAUAUUUAAAAUUGAAAAAUAUCACAAAGGUUUUCAAAUUUCAAAGGCAAAAACAUCGUUUACAUAAAGCAAUACUAAAGUCAGACUCAGUGUUCUGUUUGAACACAGCCACUUUAUUAUACUCCAUGCUGGGAGAUGAAAGAGUAACAAGGAUGACGGCUAUCCGUGCCCUAAACAUAGUACAAAAUUUUGAGUGUUCCGUAGUGAAUACAUGCGACACGUAUUGUAACGCUAUACAAGUAGAAUUGGACCGCGGCACACCAGAAGCUACUGCAGAAAUAGAGCAAAUGGCGGCCCACUCUUUGAAAUCAUUUGCUAACCCAAUUCAGGCUGAUGAACUUUUUGCCGUUGGAAAACUUUUUAUGGCAACCUUUCGAGCUCGGAUGGCCAGAGGUGAAUUGGCGCCAACUAUCCGCUCUGGCUUCCGUGCAUUAGCUGUUAGUCGGUUCUUGCAAGCUGAAGAUGUAUCUUUGGACCUAAUACCAGACUUAUUCUAUAUUCUUCUUACCCGUCGGCGAAUAACAGAAGCUAUCGACAUCUUGCAAUUUGCCCUACGUGGUAAUCAACAAGAUCAUAUGUCAUAUGAUUCUGAAACAUGGUAUUAUGCUCUGUGUAUGGAUAUGAUACUAGAUGCAGGAUUUCAACUUGAGUCACCACAGGAGAUAAGUCGGUUUGCUGAAUAUGCAAUUAGUAGAGGUAAAUCAGCAGGGCCUAGUCGACGCCGACUGGUUGUAGGACUGUGGACCUAUUGGCUAAGAGCAGAUUCAGAAAGGAAGGCGAAACGUUUCGAGUCUGAGGCUUUAAGUUGGGCAUCACAUCAAGAUGAUGGGUCGAUGUCCACACUUUUGAGUUCAAUGAGACUCGCUGAAGGGAUGCUUGAAAGUUUGGCAAGAAAGAUGGACGAUUUGCGAAAGGUGGUGGAUCUGAUGGAAUUACGUUCGAUAGCGGACAGAGAACUAGCUCGGUUAGAAAACGACGCUCGUCAGUUGCGAGCCUUGUACCCUCGCUGGUGCCUACUGAGAGCCAACUCGUCAAUGUUAUCUGGCCGACAUGCAGCUGCCACCGUCAUCUUUAAUCAAGCUUCAGAAGAAGCAAAGAAGAUGCACAACCGCCUCGAGGAAGCCAUGGUUCGCGCAACGAAUACAAACUCAGUGUUCUGGAUACAAAAUGCGCGCACAGGACGAUUCGUGAGUUGGCGGGAGGGUACAGAGUACGCACAAAAUUCUUGGCACCAAAUCAUGUAUAGAAUCAGUACCACGAGACGAUAAAAUUUAAUUAGUUUCAAGUUUACGUUCAUAUAAAUCAAAAUUCAAUAUUAUCUAUCCUAUUCUCUGAAACGUGACCUCAUCCGUAUGUACCUACCCGUUUCUCCCAUGGAAUCAAUUCAAACCUUUGGAAUGUAAAACAGUAAUUAAGCAUAAUGUUUUAUACUAAUAAAAUAAUA